GUUACUCGAUUUCGAUAGUCCCGACAUCGGAAUGUGUGUAUAUGUAAAUAUAAAAAAAUAUUAAAUUCGGCUUACUACCGCGUAUAAAUUAACAAAGCAAGUAGGGCAAAUGGCCGCCGCCGAGACAGGUGCAAAGGCCAGCGGCAGUGCGGUGUCCAGCGGGCAGCGCGGCGUCAGCCGAGUUCUUGCCAAGUUGUCUCAAUCCUUGGCCGGAGGGGAGUUUUAUGAGGCGCACAUGAUGUACAGGACGUUGUACUUUAGGUACACAGCGCAAAGACGCUACCAGGACUGCCUGGAUCUCCUCUUUGACGGAGCACAACAGCUAAUUUCCAAGGAGCAGGAGAGCAGCGCGGCGGACUUGUGCCUCUUGUUAGUUGACACGCUGGAGAAGCGAGGACCGCAGGCGGAGGACACCGACAACUUCUUGUGGGUGCCACGUCUAGGAGCCUUGAUCCGUGGCCUCAACGCUGCGACGGUGGAGCGCGAGACCCUAAUCCUACGGACCAUUAAGUGGAGUACGGCACUGCAUGGGCAGUACGGCCACCCGGUACUGCACAAGUUGAUUGCUCAUGUGUUUUGGACAGAGGGAAACAUCGAGUCCGCUCGGCAUCACUAUCUUCUUUGCCAGGACGGAAGCCUCUGCGGCCGAGUGCUGAUAGAGAUCAGCCAGAGCAGAGGUUUCCAGGGCGAGGUAGACUUGUUUCUGGUGCAAGCAGUGUUGCAGCAGCUUUCGCUUAAGGAUCGAAAGACCGCCGAAGAAACGUUCACCGAGUACACGCGGUACCACGCUAAGAUACUCAGGCAUGAGUUCCCCUACAAGGAACCGCUGGUCAACUUUCUGUACUUCCUGUUUCGCCUCAUUGACGCAAAGCGUGUUGCUGGGUUUCGGGCCUUGCGCAAGCUUUACGAUCCAUCGCUUAAGCGCGACUCAUCCUUCCUGAAGUACGUGGCCAAGAUUGGAGUGAUCUAUUUCGACGAGCAGCCGGAAACAGGUCAUGCCGGCCCUCCAGGAUUGGGCGGCAUGUUCGGGGACAUAUUCAAUCGCCUAAUGGCGGGCUUCGACGAGGACGACGCGGAGGAUCAGGGCACGCCGCAAAGACGACAGAACGUGAAUAACGAGCUGGACUAACAUCAAAUACAGAUUUUGGCAGAAAUGGUGCAUAGCAAAGGACCCUUUGGUUACUACACUUUUUGGUCGCUCUUAGUCAACGAAGUUCUUUGCCAAGAAUUCAUCGGUCUUUUCUUGUUAUAAUUUUAAUGUAUGCGUAUAGUCGCGAUAAAUGCAAUGUAGAUUCCACAGUGUUUUAGAGGGAAAAUAUAAACAAACGUUUAUUUCACCUUGA